AUGAUGUUUAAAAUGGUGGUAAUAAUAUGAGAAUUGACACGCUUGUGAAAACCUCUAUGUUUUAAUUCAGAUAUACAUUACGGAAUCGGAUUAAGAGGAUAUAGCUGUACAAACGGACUUUCUCUGUUUCAAGGAAUUACCGUAAGGCUAUCGAUAAACUUUCCCUCACUUGGCUAGCAACGAGCGAAGAAUGUAUUUAAAUAUAACUGAAGUAUUAUAACUACCAAACAAUGAAAUACAAGGAACAUCUGACGAUUAUCAUGAAAUUCUUAAAAAUCAUCAAUAACUGAAAAGGCGUCCAUGAUAUUGCCAUAGGGAUAUCAAACAUGGCAUCCAAAUCUGAUGGUCUCUAUGGAGAGAAAGAUCGACCAAUGGAAUGUUCUGUUUCAUGGGAUUUACUUUAUCCACAGGAAUUAGCCAAAACUCUUAGAGAAGGUGGAGAAAAGGUUUUAUUAGUUGACAGUCGAUCAUUUCUAGAAUAUAAUACAAGUCACAUACAACAAGCUGUCAAUGUUUGUGGUUCAAAGCUAGUUAAACGACGAUUACAACAGGAUAAGGUUCGAGUAAAAGACUUGUUAAUAUUCAAGUAA